GGAGAAGACACCUCUCUCCCUCUCCCUCUCCCGGCCAAGAAGAGGAGCAGAUCCCGGCGAGGCGCCGCCGCCGGAGAAGACGGCCGCAACAGCCGGCGACCGCAUCGGCGUCGCCGUCCCAUUCCCCGUCCGUCCACAAGAGAUUGGCAUCAGCAGCACAUCAUGCAGAGCCCCAACAAACGGUCUGCUGUCUCUCUCCCUUGCCCCCCUGCCUUUUCCGGACCCCAAGGCUGGGCUGACCUCCCGGACGGCUUGCUUCACUCCAUUGUUGCUCGGCUUGCAUCCUUCCGAGACAUUCUUGGCUUUGCUGCAACAUGCCCCUCCUGGCGCGCUGCCUUCUCCUCGUACCCAUCCAAAACUAUGCUCCGCACAAAAUUGCCACCUCUCCUCGUCCAGCCCCAUGCUCGUGUACAAGGUCCUCUUCUUCCUGCUACCAAUGGUUGCCAUCAGCUUUACACAUGUGUGGUUAUCGAUCCAGCCAACCCAAACACCUCCCUUCGCUGCCAGAUUCCUGUAGACACCAUAGAAAACAAGAUGGCAUUGAUUGGCUCCUCCUAUGGUAAUGUCAUCUACUUCUCCUACGGAUGUUGUUACAUCUUUGAUGUGUUCACCGGUGCCGAGGUUUCGACUCCAAGUCUCCCAUGCGGUGCCAAAUGCUGGUCAUCCAUGUUGAAGGGCACUCUAACAGCCCCCCUUGCAUCACCCAACUCACAUCUCCUUGUCAGUGCCAAGUCCUCCCUGUUUGUUUUGCCUGUUGGAAAUGACUCUUGGUCCGAACUCCAGGCUCCUUAUCAGCAUCCAACAGACCAUUUUGUGGAAUUCGAUGGUCAGUUCAUUGUCUUGGAUAGCGUUGGGAGAUCCUACGCUCUGCAGCUGGCCCCUCAGCUUGGUCUGCAGGAGAUAAAAACCAAGCCUGAGGAUGGAAGGCCGACGCGAGGAAGGCUGGUGGUUUGUGGUGACAUGCUUUUCAUGCUCGGCUUAACCAGGCUCCACCGCCUCGACAUGUCAACCGAGCCCGCGACGUGGAUAGCCGUGGAGAAGCUGGACAAUUGGGCACUCUUUGUGGCGGCGGGAGUGAUGAGCACGCUGCAUUCUUGCAUGAGCCCGGGACUAUGGGGAGGGAGGAGCAGCAUCAUGUACGAUGCUGGUGCAUAUCGACCUUGGGCUCUCUAUGGGUUGCAUGGCGUGCUGGAUCCCGUGCAGGAUGAACCGCCCAGGGAACCUGGCGUAGAGCACAUUCCACCGAAGAUGUCAUUUUGGCAGUUCUGGCUGUAUCCAAGCAUGUUCUACUCAUCAGAUGGCCAAUGAAUCAUCCGUGCCUGCCACUGCCAGCCAACUAAACUAAGUAGAGCUUGCCGCCGCACCAGCUUCAUCUGAAAUUUCCCUUGGAGAUGCAGACAGCAAGCAGAGAUUGAUCUUCCACUGAGUGUACUUGACCACUUGUGCUUUUUCCUGUGAUGGAAGUGGCAUCUUCCACCGAGUGUACUUGACCAUUUAUGCUUUUCUUGUGGUGGCGUUACUGAUGUGAGCUUACUAAAAUUACCAACUUGUGUUGUUGGUCUCAGUUUUUACCUGUGCUCUCUCUCCCUGUUUCAUCAAUCUUCCACCAAGGUUUGUGUACUUGGUCAUUUGUGCUAUUUCUGUCAUGUUGAGCGUCUCCCCUGUUUCGGUGAGCGAAAAGCAAGAGAAUGUUUGUGCUGCCCUGUCUUGCUCGUCAUUGUUUGCUAGCUUUAUAAAAUGAGUUUGUUGAUGUCCCCUUAA